AUGUCACAUAAGCAAAUUUAUUACUCUGACAAAUACGACGAUGAAGAGUUUGAAUGCAGGCAUGUCAUGUUGCCCAAGGACAUAGCCAAGCUGGUUCCUAAACCCCACUUGAUGCCUGAAUCUGAAUGGAGGAAUCUUGGUGUUCAGCAAAGUCAAGGAUGGGUCCAUUAUAUGAUCCAUGAGCCAGAACCUCGUAUCUUGCUGUUUCGACGAGCGCUACCCAAGAAACCAAACAAAUGAAGCUGGCAAGCCGCCUUUCAACCUCAAGCUAUACACAGCUGUCCUUCCUGCCUGAUGUCUUUCUGAUAAUACGAUUAUGUUGCCUUCUCUUUUCUCACUUUGAUAUUUAAAGGAUGUU